UCCUGUCUUUGCAUCAAGGAAAUAGGCUGAGUUUCAGAGAAACCCGCUGUGAAGGGAGCUCGAGGCCUUCCGGCUCAGAUCCCUGCCCUGCUCGGGUCUGUGCUGCUGCUUCUGCGAGUCCAGGGUCUGGCGAGGUGCACGAGGCGCGCAAAGCGCAAUCCGCAGGAGGCAGCGGCCGCGAUGCCGGACCCCGCGGCACACCUGCCCUUCUUCUACGGAAGCAUCUCGCGCGCGGAGGCCGAGGAUCACUUGAAGCUGGCGGGCAUGGCCGACGGCCUCUUCCUUCUGCGCCAGUGCCUGCGCUCGCUGGGGGGCUACGUGCUCUCCCUGGUGUACGACUUGCGCUUCCAUCACUUCCCCAUCGAGCGCCAGCUCAACGGCACCUACGCCAUCGCCGGCGGGAAGGCGCACUGUGGGCCGGCUGAGCUCUGCGAGUUCUACUCGCGCGACCCAGACGGUCUGCCCUGCAACCUGCGCAAGCCGUGCAACCGGCCGUCGGGGCUGGAGCCGCAGCCCGGGGUCUUCGACAGCCUGCGCGACGCCAUGGUGCGAGACUACGUGCGCCAGACAUGGAAGCUGGAGGGUGAGGCCUUGGAGCAGGCCAUCAUCAGCCAGGCGCCCCAAGUGGAGAAGCUCAUCGCCACCACAGCUCACGAGCGGAUGCCCUGGUACCACAGCAGCCUGACGCGGGAAGAGGCCGAGCGCAAACUCUAUUCAGGCUCGCAGACCGACGGCAAGUUCCUGCUGAGGCCCCGGAAAGAGCAAGGCACGUAUGCACUGUCUCUGAUCUAUGGGAAAACCGUGUACCACUACCUCAUCAGCCAGGACAAGGCUGGGAAAUACUGCAUACCAGAGGGCACCAAGUUUGACACACUCUGGCAGCUGGUGGAGUACCUGAAGCUGAAGGCCGAUGGGCUCAUCUACUCUCUGAAGGAGGCCUGCCCCAACACCAGCGCCAGUGCAGGGGUCGCUGCUCCCACACUACCAGCCCACCCAUCCACGUUCACCAAUACUCAGAGACAGAAGGACACCCUCAACCCAGAUGGAUACACCCCUGAACCAGCACGCCUAGCACCCCUGGAGAAACCACGGCCGAUGCCCAUGGACACAAGCGUGUAUGAGAGCCCCUACAGUGACCCUGAAGAGCUCAAGGACAAGAAGCUCUUCCUGAAGCGUGACAGCCUCCUCAUGGCUGACAUUGAACUUGGUUGCGGCAACUUCGGCUCAGUGCGCCAGGGUGUCUACCGUAUGCGCAAGAAGCAGAUUGACGUGGCCAUCAAGGUGUUGAAGCAUGGUACAGAGAAGGCAGACAAGGAUGAGAUGAUGCGUGAGGCGCAGAUCAUGCACCAGCUGGACAACCCCUACAUCGUGCGGCUCAUCGGCGUCUGCCAGGCUGAGGCUCUCAUGCUUGUGAUGGAGAUGGCGGGCGGAGGGCCCCUGCACAAGUUCCUGGUCGGGAAGAAGGAGGAGAUUCCCGUCAGCAAUGUGGCAGAGCUGCUGCACCAGGUGUCCAUGGGGAUGAGGUACCUGGAAGAGAAGAACUUUGUGCAUCGUGACCUGGCAGCCCGCAACGUCCUGCUGGUCAACCGGCACUAUGCCAAGAUCAGCGACUUUGGCCUCUCCAAGGCACUGGGUGCUGAUGAUAGCUACUACACAGCCCGCUCAGCAGGGAAGUGGCCACUCAAGUGGUACGCGCCUGAAUGCAUCAACUUCCGAAAAUUCUCCAGUCGCAGUGACGUCUGGAGCUAUGGGGUCACUAUGUGGGAGGCCUUCUCCUACGGCCAGAAGCCCUACAAGAAGAUGAAGGGCCCCGAGGUCAUGGCCUUCAUCGAGCAGGGCAAGCGGAUGGAGUGCCCACCAGAGUGUCCGCCUGAAAUGUAUGCACUUAUGAACGACUGCUGGAUCUACAAGUGGGAGGAUCGUCCAGAUUUCCUGGCUGUGGAGCAGCGCAUGCGGACCUACUACUACAGCUUGGCGAGCAAGGCUGAGGGCCCCCCGGAGUGUGGGAAGGGGGCCGAGGCCGCCUGUGCCUGAGCACCAGCCUACCCAGGAGCCCCUACGCCCCAGCUUUUCCCUGGUACCUUCAGUCCCAUCCCAGGCCCUGCAGUCUGGCUGGGCCAGCUCAUUUCCUCUUCCAACCAGCUGGGCUGUGAAGCAAUAGCUGAGGCCUCAGGCCCACACGGGUCUAGCAUUCCCUAGAACCUGGGAAUCUGUUCUUUCUGGCUGGGAAUAUGUGCUGGGGUGCCUUGAGCUGAGGGGUGUUGCUUACAACAAAGACCCCCCCCCACUCCGGCCCUGAAGGGGAAGGCUCUGGGAGUCUUCAGGUGGCAAGACCCAGUCAUUGGAAUAAAUUCAGCUUCUCUCUUC